UGGCGUUUGAGUUAAUUGUAUUUAUAGAGUAGCGGUGUUUUUAUUCCAAAAAACAUGCAAAACUGUUCAAAUGUAAGAUUACCUAUGGUGCAUUAGUAGAACUUGAUGUCUGUGGAUAUAUUGAGCAACCCUGCUGAAGAAGGGUAGAGGCCUAUCAAACAGUGGAAGACUGAACAGUAGGAGGGUCAACAUGGCGGGCACAGGGGGCUGCACCCCUGGUAACCCCUCCCUGAAAAUCAUGACCUUUCGGCCCACAAUGGAGGAGUUCCGAGAUUUCAAUCAAUACCUUGUGUACAUGGAGUCCCAGGGAGCCCAGCGUGCUGGUCUUGCUAAGGUCAUUCCUCCAAAGGGAUGGAAACCGCGCCGUACCUACGAUGAUAUUGAUGACCUGGUGAUUCAGGCGCCCAUCCAGCAGAUGGUGGCUGGCCAGUCUGGACUCUUCACCCAGUACAACAUCCAGAAGAAGCCUCAGACUGUCAAGGAGUUCCGCCAGCUGGCCAACAGCGACAAAUACUGCACCCCACGGCACUUGAGUUUUGAGGACUUGGAGAGAAAGUACUGGAAGAAUCUCACGUUUGUGUCCCCUAUCUAUGGAGCCGACGUGAGUGGCACCCUCUACGAUGAGGACGUAGAAGAGUGGAACAUUGGACACCUCAAAACAAUUCUGGAUGUGAUCGAGGAGGACUGUGGGGUGGCCAUCCAGGGGGUGAACACGCCAUACCUGUACUUCGGCAUGUGGAAGACCAGCUUCUCAUGGCACACAGAGGAUAUGGACCUCUACAGCAUUAACUACCUGCACUUUGGAGAGCCCAAGUCCUGGUAUGCUAUCCCACCAGAGCAUGGGAAGAGGCUGGAGCGGCUGGCUACAGGUUUCUUCCCUAAUAGCUUUAAGGGCUGUGAGGCUUUCCUGAGGCACAAGAUGACUCUCAUAUCACCUUCCAUUCUUAAGAAGUACAGCAUCCCCUUUGACAAGAUAACCCAGGAGGCUGGUGAGUUUAUGAUCACAUUCCCAUAUGGUUACCACGCUGGGUUCAACCACGGCUUCAACUGCGCCGAGUCUACUAACUUUGCCAGCGUGCGAUGGAUUGACUACGGCAGAGUUGCAACUCAGUGCUCCUGCAGUAAGGACAUGGUGAAGAUCUCCAUGGACCCGUUUGUGCGCCUCUUCCAGCCGGAGCGCUACGCGGGGUGGCUGCAGGGGAAGGACCCGUGCCCCAUCGACCACACGCAGGCCACGCCCAGCGCCACGCCCCAGCUGGAGAGCUGGCUGCAGAGACGCGCCUACACCAAGCCUGCUGUCCAGAGCCUGCCCCACACCCGCACGCGCUCCAAGAGGCACAAGACCGUGGAGGAGCCCGUGGACAUGGAGGCGUCUGCAGGGGAGAAGUGCAGGAGGCUCGAGUGCUGCUCGGACGACCAGGUGGCACCUGCUCCUACACCACAGGACCACAAAUCCCACACUGCACUACUUCAGGGCAUCGGGUCCUCUGGUCGGCGCAGACAGAUGUGUGUUGUGAAGGUGAACCGAGUUGAGGCAGACACGCUGAUUCAGAAAGCCUCCAUCCGUGAGGACCUCUCAGGACCGCAUCACCAGAAAGUGUCCGCCAGAGAACGCAGUGUCUCCAAGGAGACACCGGACACAGGGCUGAGCCUGUCAGCAGGCCAGCCGCCCGGCCCUCUGGACAGGCCUCCGAGGACUGACCAACCCACGGACACACACACGCACGCUUUGGCCCCCGGGUCCCCAGCCGCCGUCACUGCCAUGAGUGGCAACACUCCAGCAUGCGCGAGCGCUACGAAGAGGAGCAAGUCCACCUCCUCGCAGGAGAGCAAAGGCCAUCAAGCUACCAUGUCAGCCUGUGACGGUGAAGCGCCGGCCGCACCAACACACACACGGCCAGCGGAGAGCACGCUGACCACACCUCUGACCACACCUCACUCCUGGCCAGCAGAUGGACCUCUGGGCGCGGGAGGCGCUCAAGCACUUUACGGUGACGUAAGUAGCGCGCCCUCAGCUGCAGAUCUGUGCCCUGAGGCUGGCACGCCCGCCCCCCGCGGGGCAUCUGAAGCCACCGAGGUGAGUGCCCGGGUCCCUGCGGACCCUCCUCAGGUCAGCGGCGGGCUCGCCCGAGUGCCCAGCGCGGGGUGUGUCUCGGAGAUGCCCCUGCUGACCCCGGAGCCCGUGGAGAUGGAGCCGGAGGAGGAGCCGCCCGCCCUCACCCAGGAGAUGCCCGCCCUCACCCUCGCCCUGUGCUCAGACGCCGCGGCGGGCGCAGUGACGGGCAGGCACACACACGCGCCCGCGCUCUACCGCGAGAGCGACACGCCCGUCCAGUCUCACACGGCUCCGCCAGAACUGACCCCAGAGGCCCUGAACCAGGAGCCCCCCCUCAGCCUGGAGCCUGCGCUCAGCCAGGCCCACACAGACUGCACACACACACACCUGUGGACACACACUCCCAACCCUGAGCAGCACAGACACACACUCUCUACGGCAGAGGCACAAGACACACCGCCACCAACACUUGAAAUCCAACACACACAGUCCACAGACAAGCUCCCCAAUCACACCCAGCUCUGCUCUCAUCCAAAUCCUUCUGACAAAUCAGCACUUCUGGCGAACAGCGGCCUCACACUCCAGACACACACUCCCACGCCACAGGGCAACCCCACUGCACACACACACACGCCACAGGGUAGCCCCACUGCACACACACACACGCCACAGGGUAGUCCCACUGCACACACACACACGCCACAGGGUAGCCCCACUGCGCACACACACACGCCACAGGGUAGCCCCACUGCACACACUGGCACUUUGACACAGCCGAGCACUGGACUCCCACACAGAGGGCCGGCGAGUGUGGAUGGCCAGCGCAGCACACAGGCCUGCACUACUGACCCCACUGAAGCAGCCGCAGCCCCCUCAGCCCACCCAGCGCACCCCUCUGCGUUGUGCACGUCCCAGCCCAGCACUACUGGCCCCAGCACAGGCCCCCGCCUGCACUCGGACCCUACUGACCUCAGAGCACGCGUGAGCAUUACGGGCUAUGAUGACCGCUCUGACUCAGCGCCUGUCUCCGCCGACUCUCAGCCCCAGCUGACCGUUCCCCCCGACACUACAGCCCCUGAUGCAGGCCAGGGCUCCGCGCAGCCCACUGCUAACUCUCACGCCUACGCAGACGCGCAGCAGAGCUUCGGACGCCGCGCUGGUCUCACGCAGGCUGACCGCUCCCACUCCAGCACGUACGCGCUCCUGGAGACCCUCCCCCCUGAGAGCUCAUUGGUGGACAUGCGGCCUCAGUCCCUCCCCCCCGACGCCGUGUGGGCCAGCCUGCCGGCUCCGUCCCCCGCCGUGCUGAUCGAGAGCGUGCGGCCGGAGCUGACGGACAGCCUGACGGCCUAUCACGCGCCGGCGACCGCCUACGACCGCCACGCGCUGCACACCUUCAGCCUGUGGGAGGAGCCGCGCUGCAAGGCCGUCCAGUCGCCGGAGCCCCCCGAGCCGCCGGAGCGCGAGCAGACCUGGACCCAGCUGGAGCCCAGCCUCCCACCCAGCGCCCUGCACGCCCACGCACAGGCACACACACACGCCCACCACCACGGCCCACCCGACCACACCGACGCGGAGCUGCCCAGCAACCAGCUGGCUUCCUCUGAGUGUGGAGGCUCUGAGAGAGGAGGAGGCGGAGCCAGCAGCAGCGACGACAGCUACAACUCCAACCUCAGCGAAUCAGAGUGCGGCGACUCAGGCCUGGAGCCGGGGGAAGUCCCCCCAUACCAGAGCGGGGGCAUGAAGAAGAACACAAAGAGCUGGCGCCUGCCCCUGAGGAAGCCCACCGCUCGAGCCGUGCCAAGCGCUGUCAAGCAGCAGAACAUCAGUGACGAAGAGCCUCCAGAAUGUUCCAUGGCGGAGGGGGAGGAGCAGGAGGUGGAGCAGGAGGUGGAGCAGUGGGCACGGCCGCUGGUGCAGCUGUGGCACAGCAGGGGGCGCUGCCUGAGUGCGGAGCGCGAGUACAACGCUACGGUGGCCCAGAAGCGGCCACACUGUGCCAUCUGCACCAUGUUCAUGCCUUACUAUCAGCCCGAGGAGAGCUCCGAGGACCGAAGGGAAGCACAAGAGGUCACCCAGCGCUCAGGGGGGUUUGUGCGGUCGCGACCUUUGAUCCCGGAGAUCUGCUUUGCCUUUCGCGAAGGCUCGUGCCCCCCCACAACCCUCCUGGAGGAGGACGGCUCCAGCCCCCUCAUCCGCUGCGCCCACUGCUGUGUCCAGGUCCAUGCCAGUUGCUAUGGUGUCGCUGCAGAUGACAUUGGUGAGGCCUGGUCAUGUGACCUCUGCUUGAGUGGAGAGCAGGCCGCAGACUGCUGUCUGUGUAAUCUGCGCGGGGGAGCGCUGAAGACCACCACAGACCACAGAUGGGCCCAUGUGAUGUGUGCCAUUGCCAUUCCGGAGGUGAAGUUUGUAGAUGAAACCAAAAGGAGUCCUAUAGACACCAGCGCUGUCCCAGCUCAGAGAUUCAAACUGAAGUGUAUUUACUGUCGCAAGCGUGUGAAGCGAGUUGCGGGGGCGUGUGUCCAGUGCUCCUGUGGCCGAUGUUCCACCUCCUUCCAUGUCACCUGUGCUCAUGCCGCCGGGGUGGCCAUGGAGGCUGAUGAUUGGCCGUAUGUGGUGUUCAUCACCUGCCACAGGCACCAGUCUCGAAGCUCAACAACAAAGCGUAAUGUGCGUGAGGAGCUGGUGGUGGGCCAGACGGUGAUCAGCAAGCACAAGAACCUGCGCUACUACAGCUCCCGCGUCACACACAUCACCUCACACACUUUCUACGAGGUCAUGUUCGACGACGGCUCCUUCAGUAACGACACCUUCCCGGAGGACAUUGUGGUGAGUAGCAGAGACUGUGCUGCGUUGGGUCCUCCUGAGGUGGGGGAGGUGGUUCAGGUGAAGUGGCCCGAUGGACUCUACUACACCGCCAAAUAUCUUGGCUCUAAUACAACACAUAUGUACCAGGUGGAGUUUGAGGACGGCUCUCAGGUAACGGCCAAGAGAGAGGACAUCUACACUCUGGACGAAGACCUGCCCAAGAAGGUCAAAGGACGACUUUCUACAGCCUCCAGCAUGCGUUUCCAGGACGCCUUUUUCACCUCGCAGGGAGAGCGGAAGAGACAGCGGACCCCCAACUCUCGCUUCCAGAGAGACUACAUCACCAAGAGCAGCUGAGAGCAGCCGAGGGCCACUCACAGGAGACUCCAGUGUGUCACCGUGGGACAGUUACUCUAACAUGUCAGGGAAAUGCAAUUUUUGAAAGUUGAAACACAAAAAAAACAGAGAAUGUUUUUUUCUGAGGACUUCCCAUGUACUUGGGUUUUUCCUUCAAAUGGACUACUUUUUUUUUUUCUUUGGUCCCUUUGUUCUGAUCAGUGCAUGUUAAGCGUGACGGCUCCUGCAGAGGGCAGUGUCCUACUUCUAACUCGUUUUUAAUAGAAAACUAACGAAAGCUACUGUCGCCGUGUCUGCUGAAGCACUUUGUCUUAACUAUUUAACUUGAUUGGAUGGGUUUGUUUAUUUAUUGGGGUCUUCCCUCUCCCCUAUGUGUCAACCAUAGCUGUACAAUACUGAUUAAAAAUAUUUAUGAUUA